AUGGCGAAAAGUCGUGAAAUUAUUCAACUGCAUGUCGGCCAAGCGGGCGUACAGAUUGCAAGCGCGUGCUGGGAGCUGUACUGCUUGGAGCACGGUAUUUAUCCGGACGGUCGGUUUUGCGAUUGCACAAUGUACGACGAUUGCAGUGCGUUCUUUAGCUGUGACAAAAAGGGCCGCUGUGUGCCGAGGGUAGUGAUGGUCGAUCUGGAACCGUCGGUCAUCGACGAGAUAAGGAUCGGUGCCUAUCGGCAUCUGUUUCAUCCGAGCACGUUGAUAACGGGAAAGGAGGAUGCUUCCAGCAACUUUGCUCGCGGUCACUUUACGCUGGGCCGAAUGAUGAUCGAUACGGUGAUGGAUCGGGUACGGAAAGUUGCCGAGGGAUGUUCCACUGUACAGGGAUUUAUGGUAUUUCACAGCCUCGGUGGAGGAACUGGAUCUGGGUUUGGUACACUGAUACUUGAAAAGUUGUUGGAUGAUUACGGAAAAACGUCAAAAAUUGAAUUCAAUAUAUUUCCAUCCCCGAGGAUUUCUCCAGUUAUUGUUGAACCGUACAACGCUGUACUUUCAACACACGUGGGGAUGGAUUACAGCGAUUGCUCCUUUCUUUUGGACAAUGAGGCAAUCUACGACGUCUGCGAUAGAAGCUUGAAUGUCUCGGAACCCACAUACACGAAUUUGAAUCGUUUGAUUGCUCAGAUUGUUUCAUGCAUCACAUCCUCUCUGCGCUUUUCGGGAGCCAUCAACGUAGAUCUGCUAGAAUUUCAAACCAAUUUGGUUCCAUACCCCAGAAUCCAUUACCCAUUGGUUACAUAUGCUCCACUGAUUCCAUUCCGAAACGCCAAUCACGAACAGUUAACCACAUUGCAAAUCACGACGGAAUGUUUCGAGCCGGCCAGUCAGCUGGUGAAAUGUGACCCUCGAACCGGCAAGUACAUGUCGUGCUGUAUGCUCUAUCGGGGUGAAGUGUCGCCGGUGGAUAUCAACCGUGCGAUUCAGGAAUUGAAAGCAAAACGAGCGAUUAACUUCGUUGAUUGGUGUCCAACGGGAUUCAAAAUCGGGAUAAAUUACCAACCGCCGAUUGCAGUCCCCGGAGGAGAUUUAGCCCGGGUGGAUCGGGCAGUUUGUAUGCUCUCCAACAGUACGGCCGUGCGGUCUGCUUGGGAACGAAUUUCCGGAAAGUUCGAGCUGAUGUACGAGAGGAAGGCUUUCUUUCAUCACUUUUUCGAUGAAGGUUUGGAAGAGAGUGAUCUAUGCGAUGCUAAAGAAAAUAUUGCAGCCCUAAUAGCCGACUACAUAGAGGUCGAACGAUAG